AUGCGCGCGACAAAUGCUGAGUUGAAGACACGGUUGGAUGCUUUGAAUACCACGGACGUAGAGAUGAAAGCCAAAGACACCGAGUUGAGCGGGCGAAUUGAUGCCUUGAACGCCACGGAUACAGAAUUGAAGACCGCGGAUGCGUUGCUGGGGAGCAGAAUUGAUGCCCUGAAUACGACAGACGCGGCGUUGAAAGCCGAGGAUGCGAAUCUGUCGAACAGAAUCGACAUCCUGAACGCCACCGACGCUGUACUGAAGGGCGUGGACGACGGCUUGUCGAGCCGCAUCGACGCCCUGACGAACAUUUACGUCAACGAGCUCAAUCUCACGGACGAGCAGCUCAUCGUCACCGACGCGACGCUUGGCUCGCGCAUCGACAGGUUGAACGAGACGCAGUACGAGCUCAAGGGCAUGGACGCGGGUUUAUCGAUUCGAAUCGACGCGCUCGACGACUCGAAAGCCGAGCUGCAGCGCGUGGAUACCGAAGUCGCCGCGGUCAUAGCGUCUUUGAACACCAUGGGUGAGGAGCUCAAGUAG